CAACCAGUCAGCUAUCCAAUUAUAGGAGCAGACUCCUUUGGUGAGCACAUGACGGAUAGUGAUAUGGUGGUUUCGACGGCUUCAGCACGUCCAGAGAGCUCCUUAAAGCAUACGGACUACCUCAACAGAGGCAAGUAUGGCUAGUGAUCAACUUCCGAACAUCGAGAACCCUAUGGAUGGAUGUAUAUCUACACCAGCUCCGCUCGGGGGUGGCAACGUGGUGGAUGGCCAAGGUAUUUGCAUUAUGACGGCGCAGACCGGCGAGCAAGAGCACCGGUCACAAUUAUUAUCUUUUCACGCCCAAAGUACCGUUGACCAAUCCGAGAUAUCGCAAACAAACUAUUACGGACUUAAUGAUCCCUGUUGGAGCCAAAGUGCUAACGCGGGUAGUAUGUCCGAGCUGCCAGUUCAUUCUCCUUCGAACACUGAGCUCCUUCAUCCUGGGGAGCUCGUUGACUUGGUGAACGCUUCGAUCCACCCCCUGAAUUUUGUCGACAUCAUAGAUACUCCUAUCCAUCCUGCAGGUGUCGCCGACGUGAUGGGUUGUCCAGCAUAUCCCGCAGGGGAAGUGGAUUUCUUUUGUCGACCUGCCCAGCAGUCAGUACAAUCCAACGACAACUCUACGAACCCACCAACCUUCGGGACGUCCUUCGAUUCUGAAUUUGCGAGGGAUACGCCAAGGGCAGCGCAUCCACAUUCAGAGAUGCGAAGUUACGCAGAUCCAACAGCCGGCUUGGACAUGCGCCUUGCUGAGGGAAAUGUCACCAACUAUGCAGCUAACAGCAGCACACUGUUAUUUGCUAAUGUGUUCCAAGUUCCACAAGCUUGCCCUUGAUGGAGGGUGCUGAGAUUGGUGAUAAGAGGACUUUGUUUAACACAUCUCGUUCAUGAUGUUGUCUGAGGAACAGUAACAAUGAGGCAGUCCACGCUGGCGUUAAAAUAUUUCGUUUCCUUAAACCGCAUAUAGUUCCCAAGUUGUAGCCCCUC